UUGCAGAGUGUAGAAGUGCCGCAUUUCAUUGGGUGUUACACACUUGAUUUUACACCAAUUUACGAAGGAGUUCAACAAUAAAUUUCCAUCAGUCGACGCAUAAAAGUGCCUUGAAGGUAUUGCAGUUGAAGUUCAGUCAGGAAUUGAAGUAUAUUUGCGACAAAUCGGCACAAAAAAGACAUUAGAGAAGAAAGAUGGGUCUUAAAGAGGAUUUUGAUAAAGCCGCUGAGGAUGUGAAGAAGCUGAAGGCCUCGCCCUCAAAUGAGGAUCUCUUAGAACUUUACGCUCUAUUCAAGCAAGCAACGGUCGGAGAUUGCAAUACCAGCAAGCCGGGGAUGCUGGAUUUUAAGGGGAAGGCGAAAUGGGAUGCCUGGAAUGGCAAAAAAGGACUCGGUACGGAUGACGCUAUGAAGCAAUAUGUGGAGAAGGUGACCAGCCUGAUCGGGGAGAUUGGCCUCGCCUGAACACCUAGACAGGAAUUAAAGCACUUUCUUCAGCCAUGGGCAUUUAUUUGGGAGCACUUUUUUAUACCAUUAAUCUUUUUGUUAUGCAAUGAAUUUUUGUCAUGAAAAAAGCUCUCUCAUGAAUUGUACAAAA